AAUUGCAAGGUUUUAAAGCGAAGGGGUAUCGAGGCUUCUUGGAAAAUUCCAUUACAUAUGAUCCUACUCAAGCUGUAAUGCCCCAAAGCUACGCUGGUAAGCAGAUGUGAUUCACAAGGCAUCACUUGUUUACUGUCUAUAUGGAGAUCUCCACAGUUCGACCGACCACCAAUGUCUUUUGGAUUAGGUUUUCGCCUGUUUCUGAACUUCCCUGGGAGAAUAGCCUUGGUACUUGGUGUGUGCCAGGCUGUCCUAGGGAUCCUGGAUAUUGUACUUGCUGUGGCUGGUUUCAUUCAGAGAAUAUGGGGACACUACUACGCAACAGGGAUUUGGUGUGGCGUGAUUGUUUUCAUAGAUGGCCUAUGUGGAAUACUUGCUAGCCAAACCAGAAAUGGGUUUGGUGUGAAGACGUUUUUUGCACUAUCCACUCUGUCGACCAUGGUAACGUUCAUCAUGAUCAUACUCUCAUUUGGUGGCCUCGACUUCAGAAGCAGCUUUUAUGAUCGUGCAUAUCAGUUCACAGGUCAAAAAGACCAAGCAACUAAAGCUAUACAUGGAUCCCUGCUGGCUUUAGGUUUAGUGGAAUUUAUUGUCAGCAUAAUCAACACCGCCAUGUGUCUCAAACCUAAAUGUUACGAAAAAUCCGAAUGGACAUAUACUCAGAAAACAGCAAAACCGCCUGAAACUUCAGGCUUAGAUAUUCCCCGUGGAGUUGUUGGGGGAAAUCCUGACUGUCUUCCAGCAAGUGAACAACCUAUGCUCCGGCGUUAUCGCUCCCCUAGAAGACAACAAAACGGAACAGGGAACUUAUCAAAUGAAACCUACAAUGAAGUCGGUGAAACCUCAGAAUUUCUACCAAAGCAGCCACAGUAUACCAAGGAAGACAGGGUUGAAAGAGGCAGUGGAACACAAACGCGAAGAAGUAGAGAUUCGGAAAAUGCAAGACAUAAAUCCUUUGAAAGGGAAAGAAACUCACAAGGUCGUGUGUAUGGUAGACAGAGUGAUAGGCGAAGGAGUGAAGGAAAUCAGGGGAGGUCUGCGCACAACCCAACAUCUCAGAACUACGAAAGUUCCACUGUGCCCAAAAGAAAAUGUCGUGAAAAUCGUACGAGGUCCACCCAAAAUGACACGGCUGUGGUCGUCUCUGAAAGAAGAACUAUGCCUUAUUCUGCAAGAGAUGAAGGAGGAAUGACUUCAGAGCGACGAGAUAGGAGGAAAGAUAGGCAGUACUCAGCUCCUAGCCAGUCAGUGGGUUUCACAACUGACAGUAGCUGGGAAAGGCGACAAGAAGAACGACGUUCAGAUCAAGGGAGAAGAUCAGAUAGUUCAGAGAAAAUUGCUUCUCAUCUCCAUAAUCGUGAAGGUAUGAAUCAUGAACCAGAAAGAAACAACAGUUUUCGUGGAAAUCCUAUGUCUGAAAGACCAAGUCCAAGUGACAUUCCCCAAGCAGGAGGAUCGCUUAAUAGGCAAGAUAGUGACCGAACACAUAGUAUGGAGAUGGGGCACAGCUCACGUAGACCGGGGAGUGAAAAGGUUGAGCGACCAAUCAGGACUUCUAGCUACAGGCAAACUCAGCGGCCCGAUAAUACUCAGGGAAGCGCGGAUCCGACCAGUCAUUCCGACGUGGUUAAUCCUGCAGCCCAAGGUGAGAAAUCACAUGUGAACUCCUCUCAAACCAACUUUGGCCUUGGGCCAAAAGCUGCUCCUCUGCGGAGGAGUGUUGGUUCCAGGGGAUCCUACAGCGCGGCAGUGAACUUAAUGCCCACAGAGUCUACAGAACAUUUGCCUAGUGACCAAGAACCGACUGUUCACCGCCUUGAACAUGUCCCGCCGACAGCCUUUGGAGAGGAGGAUCUACCAGCAUACGAAGAGAUUCGGCUGAGAGACCCUCAUAUUUACUCCAGCUUGGAAAUGACAUGUUCUGAUCCCGACUCCAGUCGUCUUUUGAGAUUGGGGCAUGGCGGUAGCUCAGCAGAAAUGAUAUCUGUUUCUCAGUCCGUAGCAGACGAGGAAGUGCAGGAAAUAUUAGGUACAAGGAAUCCCACUCGAUUUGGCUCUCCGAUCAGGAGCAGAAAUACGACACAGAGUAAUACACCAGACAUGACCCAUGGUAACAUCAUCUCGGACAGGGCUGGAAACGGCACCACGUAUGCAGCAGGUCAUGUGGAGGAGACACACCCGGCAGACAUUCGUCAACUAGCUGCCUCAGAUCGGCGAAGAGACACACGACCAAAACGCUCAGAGGGAAGAACUGAGCAGCGAAACACUCCCGACCAAGACAGGUAUGAAGUGUCGCUAGCUCUCCCAUCACCCAUGCGUUCUUCGCCGACAUUUACGCGAGGUCAACACUCAAGGGCAAGUGAUCGGGUGCCCGAAUUGGAACACGAGGAUAUUCCAGAAAUUAAAAUGCAAAAAGCUUUUCGAGCUUCUUUCCCACAAAGACGGUCUGAGCGGGAACGAAAUCCGAGAAGGUGGGGAAUUUCUGUCACUGAUCCCAGGGCUCAGUCAGCUUCCCCUGAAGUCAAACCUUCACAUGUUAAUAACGUUAAGGAGGACAAGGCAUUGAGUGAAUUGUGCGCGUCUUUCCCACUGUUGAGAGCUGUGGGUGGUGUGGAUUUUGGACUGUCUGAUAAGGAGUCUUACAUGGACACCCCAGACAGUACUGUUUACUCGUUUACGUACGACGAGGUUAAACCACGAGUUUUUAUGACCUCACCGUACAGGACACCCCGCAAGUCCAGUCCGCUGACUGGAUUUAGUGUGCCCAAAUUGCCAUCAAGUGAAGAGGAAGUUGAGAGUAGAACUCGUGUCAUCGAAACUGUCAACGUGGGCGUCGCGUCUCCACCACAUUAUCGACGUAACCCACCGAAACAAACUGCCAUGUACAAGGGGGACAGAGCAGCUCUUCGCUCGGCUGACAGCACUACGGUUGAUAACAAACAGCCUGAAACCCACUGGAAACCGCUGGUUUCUGCUAACCACGGUGGCUUAACGAAAAACAGUGAUACUGCAAAACAGUCUGAAGAAACGUCUCAGUCUCGACCAAAGUUCUUCUAUCCACCAGAACGGUUGCCUUCUAAAGUAAGCAACGAUGUGCAACCAGUGGGAUUGAGACAAGUAACCGUUGAACCCCGGACGGUAUCGCAGAAUGUGUUUGACAAACCACGCAGCUACGAGCAUGUUCCAACUGUUUCGGACAGGAGGCCUAAUCGCCAGAUACACCCAACUGACGCCAGUAAAACCACUGUGCCUACAGUAGGAAGUUCUAGACCAGAAGAUUCUAAUAUCGCGUUUUAUGCAUUUCAAGACGUCCUUUCUGGUAGAAGUGCCUGGGAGAGACAGACUUACCCACCAGAUCUGGCAGACGACUCACGGCAGCCCUCUAAACCUAGGAUGGUAGGGCGUGCCGCUCAGCGACGUGUUAUGCGCAGUGAGCAGGCCGCACAGGAAGAACCUCUACAACACCCUAAUUACCUCGGGGAAGGUCAAGGGGAUGUCCGAUUUAGUUCUCGUCGUUAUGCCGUGCCCUUCGCCCCGGAGCCCUCAGCACCCUCUGUGGGUGGUCCACCGCCCUACAGUGAGGUGGCCCGUCCACUCUCUCAUACUCACCCGGACAGGGCGCCACUUCAACCACAUUCCACCGGUCGCCAAUCCGGCGGCUCCCUGACCAACAGACCUGAUCGUUCGAGAGACAGCCCGUCUUUAGUUUAGUGUUAUGAAUCUCUCAUAUUUUACCCGGGCAGUAUCGUUUUGCAAAACACGAUGUUAAGGUUGGACAUGAAGGGAAAAGUACAUAAUAUUUAAUGAUAGUCCUUAUCACAUGCAUUUGUGAAAUCCAGAUCAUUUCACUUUUGCUGAUGGCAAACGAAAUUAACGUUCUUUAUGUUAAAUUUUAUUAAUGUCUACAGAUCGGCCCUUGUGAUUCUUAACUUGUCAGACGGUUGCUAACCGAGAAAGUAAAUCAUAUAAUGUACGAUUUCAAAGACAACAAUCGGUAAAAAGUCUACUUUUAGACGAAUACAGGUGACACAUGCGCAAUAGGAUUUUUCAAAUUUGGAGCACAAUUGCAGAAUAGCAGGAGAAACAGUUAUAUUAUAGUCAUGUAAACAGAACAUACUGGUUAAGUGGGCGUGUUCCUUGUUUUAAAGACCCUUACCCACGCUGACUAUCUCACCACCGUGACGGGGCCUCCGUGGCUCAGUCGGUUAAAGCGCUAGCGCAGCGUAAUGACCCAGGAGUCUCUCACCAAUGCGGUCGAUGUGAGUUCAAGUCAGCUCAUGCUGGCUUCCUCUCCGACCGUACGUGAGAAGGUCUUCCAGCAACCUGCGGAUGGUCGUGUGUUUCCCCCCGGGCUGUGCCCGGUUUCCACCCACCAUAAUGCUGGCCGCCGUCGUAUAAGUGAAAUAUUCACUUAGUACAGCGUAAACACCAAUCAAAAAAAAAA